UGUAGCUUCUACUUCUGAGAAAAAGCUAACAUUAGCAUGGAUUAGCAACCCUGUUACUGUGAUUGUAGUAGGGUUAGCAAACAACAAAUAAAAACUGUAAUAAAAAAUUGUACCACUGUUGUGUAAGCUGAGCCAAUCAAGCCUUUGAUAGUUUAUUAAAUAUUAUUGAUGAAUAUAGAGCAGAAAACUGCAGAAGAGAACGUAUAUUUUUCAAAAAAGAAAAAAAUCUGAAUCCCAAAUGUCCUCCAAUUCUGGAAAGGCCUAUAUAAUAAUUGCUGACAGGGCUAAUGGAAUACGAGGAGAGAUGGAUGUGAAAGUGAGCGAAUCUUUUCAGUGCUUUUCUCAAGGAGGAACUCAUGAAUUCGUCACGGACAGCUACCCGGACGGCAUGGAGAGACGGACAUGUGCUGAAUCAGGAUGUGCACUGAAGUACGACCAUAAACAACAUGGAUUUGUGAUGUAUCGCAGCUGUGUGAACGGUAUGAUGUGAAUCCAUAAAUAAUGUCCGAAGCUGCUCUUGAAGAAGUUUCUGUUUUAUCGUCCAUAUACUGCGGAGAAGGAGAGUUCCAGCUCAUCCAGCAGUCUGCUCAGGAUGGGCUUGUGGUCCAAAUCAACUGUACUGGAGUUGGAGACAGAGGGCUGGAUGUGAGACUGGUGUUUCACCUGCACCCUGACUACCCUUCAUCCCCGCCCCACAUCUCUGUCUCUUCUACUGGUCUGUCCAGGACUCAGUGUCACAACAUCAGACAGAAGUUGCAGGAUCGAGCUGCAGCGUUAGUCCCUGAACCAAUGGUUCUUCAGCUGGUAGAGUGCUCACAGCAGUGUGUGGAGGUGACAGAGGAUGGAAGAGAAGGCAAUGAGGCAGUGGAAGAUUCAAAAAAAGAUGAGUGGGCUGCAGUGCUAUUGCUGGACCACAUCCGAUCUCGAAACCGUUACAUUGGACUGCUGGAGCGCUGGAGCCACCAACUGCAGCUGACUGGAAGGUUAUUACUGGGACAGAGCAUACUGGUUAUUCUGCAGGGAUCGAAACCUGACAUCAAGGAAUUUUGUCGCCGGUUGAAGACGGUGAAGGUGGACGUGGAUUCUUCAGGCAGGAAAUGCAAAGAAAGGAUGAUGAAAAUUCUCAUUGAAUCCUCUUGGUCUUUCUCCCGUCAACAUUGUUUCCAGGGUUUUGUAGUGAAGAACUACCAGUCACUCUCAGAGCUGCCUGCAGCCUUUGAGGAACUCCACAUGACUGAGCUUUACCAGCAGAUACUGCCAUUAUUAAGUGACUAACGGAAGACACCCACAAAGAAAGCACUGGCUAUCACAAUCCUGAACAAAUGUAAACGCUACAAGUCUCCCCCCAUACCAAAGUACGACACAACAGCUCUGGAACAAACACAACGGAGAUGAUGGUCAGAAAACCAAAGUUUUGUGAUUACUGGUAUUUAGUCUUGAUUGUCUUCGAUAAUGGAUUUGCUGACCACACAUCAUUGCUAUUACUUGUUGUUAUGGUAUGUGUUGUACUAGUAGAGUUCAUGUGGGUUGACCCCAACAGUUUGGUCAAUAUUUGUGCAAUAUUUCUGUCACUGAAAUAGGAAAUGCUCUUUUUAGAUUCAUUUUCACAUUGAUUUUUUUUUUGCACAAAAUUACUUUUGUAAUGUUGAAUACAGUCUUUUCAUUUUUUUCCCCUUAUGGUUAAAAGUCGGGAAACAACAUUUUGAUGUCCAGUCUGAGAAUGCUUUUAUCUACCUAAGUGAGAUCAUUUGCAUUUUGUUCCACCUGCUUUGUUAUUUGCAGUUCUUUAGAGAGUUUAGAUUAAAGAGGAACUAAAACUA